AUACAAAAUACAAAUAGGAGGCGUAAAUGUAUAGAAGUUUAAAGUUUUAUGUUAUCCUAACAUUUUAUAGCAAUUAAAAGUUAAUAAAAUCAAUUAAAAUCUUUCACUAUGCCUAGUUACUACGAAUGGUGUUCAAAGAAAAAUCGUAGAAGUGGUAAACAUGAAUACCCUAAAUUUGAAGUAACUAAUCAUCCACUUAAAUCGAAUAUUGUAACAGCAAAAAUAAGUUCAAGUACAAGCUUUAUAGAAAACUUGAAUAAAUGGAGUUCUGCAUUUGAAGAGGUUGAUCCCCUACUUAGGUUUGAGCAAAUGGACUUGGCAGAGGAGGUGCUACCUGUGGAAGUAUCUGAUGGCGGCAUAAAUUAUUCAAAGGCUUGGACAUCCAGACGUGCCGUUAUUCUCAACAAAUAUACUACUGGAGAAAAAUUGACUAUUAUCAGCAGUUUUCUUCCAGGUGGCGAAAAAGUUAGUUCCUUUUCAGCUCUUAUUCGCCAGGUUUCCAAUUUAAAUGAGAAAGUAAAGCACAGGCUUGAACAGCUGGAUGACUUUGAUGAAGACACUGUGCGAAAAACAAUGGGUUUAUCGCAGCAGGAAUUUGUCACCAAAAUCAAUGUGCUGAAUGAAGAAAUCAAAAAGGCAUGGGCUACUGAACAACGCGUCAAAGCAUUCAAAAUCGCGAUUCAAUGUUCUAAAUUAUUAUCUGACGUGAAUGUAAUGCAAUUCUAUCCCAGCAAGUUUGUAUUGAUCACUGAUAUUUUAGACACAUUUGGUAAUCUAGUGUUUGCUAGACUUAAAGAGCGGAGCUAUGGCGCCAAAGUGACAAAAAAAGACCAAGACAUUGACCCCACUGAGGUUCCUGAUGCUGCCAAGGAAACAUGUCAGAAUUGGCUAUUCAAAAUGGCUUCAAUAAGAGAGUUGUUGCCGAGGUUGUACAUGGAAAUGGCUUUACUAAAGUGCUACUCAUUUAUUGCCAAAGACGAAAUAAAGCCAGCCAUUGCAAGGCUCACUAAGAUGAUCAGAGGCAUAGGCAACCCAUUGGUUGCUACCUACCUGAGGCUAUACCUCUGCAAAGUUGCUUCUAGUUUACUGGGGAAAGAAUGUGAGGAAUUCUUUUAUAGCAAUUUGAAAGAAUUUCUUGAGGAAUAUCAACAGAUUUUUCAACCAGCCAUUCGAAAAAAAUAUGAAGUCCAGUUAUUAACCCUUGACAGGUACUUGAGCCUGUAUGUGCCAGCAGUUGACUGGUUGAUGUAUGGGACUGUCAAUUCCAACAAAUGUAAGCUAACUCUAUUAGAGGACUUGCUACAAAAGUGCGAGAACAUGGAAAAUAACGAGUUAUUACUGUACUGUCUGGUUUCGGCUUUUGAUUCUACAAGCGUUAAUAAGAAAUCUACCGAAAUAUUGGAAAUGGUGCAGAGUUCCGCAGAGAAAAUGGUAAUGCUAAGUGAAAUCCUGACGGCCUUGGGCGAGCACCUGUGCGCCGCCGACAGCUACCACCAGGUGGCGUCCGAGUCGCUGAUACAAACGUGGUGGAAGAUCGCCAACAACAUGAAGGCGACCACCAGCUUCCUUCAAGUGCUGGCUCCUUGGCUACAGUUUGCUUGCAUGCAUCUAUCAACGCAACACGUGAAUAUCAUCCUCCGCGGGACCAUCAGGUACAUGAUCAAAUGCGGGAAGCCCGCUGAUGAGUUCUCUGGGAGCUUCCAAUUUGUUGUUCGGCGGAUGUUGAACUCGAUACCAGACGUCGAGGAGCUAUUUUUGAUGGAUGCUUUCAUGCCGCUUGUGGAACUCGUACAAACGUCCAACGCUCGCACAAUGAUGGCCAAAACGGUUCUGUCUAUAUUCUUUGCCAAGUACAAAUUGGUACAGAUAGAGGACCCCAUCGUCAUCGGGAGCUUAAUGCGCCUCUGCUGUAUACUGCACGAGUCUAUCAACGCUGUGAUAGUGGAGGACGAAGUGAAGGUGUGCGCGGAGCUGAUCACGAAGUACGUGCACGCCGUGAGCCACGACGACCCGGAGCAGCAGCUUAACUUCUACGUCCAGAUCCGCGCCGCCUUCAUCAAGCUGGACGCCGUGCUGAUGGCUCUCGUUCACUGUGUAAACGCGCUGGGCGCGCGCAGCACGGCAGGAGGGCGCGGCUGGCUGCAGCGCGCGUGCGCCGCGUACUGCUUCGUGACGGUGCCGUCGCUGCACUGCCCGCUCGCGCGCGCGCAGCUCUACCUGCUGUCCGGGCAGGCGGCGCUGCUCAAUAACUGCGUCGGACAAGCGGAAGCAAAUUUCAAAGCGCUCAUCAGUUUAAUACCAGACAUUCCCGAAUUCAUCAUGGAGGAUGGUCAAAAGAAAAUGACCAACUUUAAAGUUAGCAGUCUGAUCAGUGACUUCCUCUCUACUCUUCUCAUAAUGCCGGACAACAUGGACAGCAGUGUGAAAGCUUACAUACUGAGCGGGUUCAUCAAAACCAUGGAGAGAAUCCACUGGAGGAAGACCGACCCGGUGUAUUACAUGUCACUUCUGCGCACGCUCGAUCUGCUCUGUGAAAUGACUCGUGAAACUUAUGCUUAUGGCAUUGAAGGAGUAUUAUCCAAUGACAAGUUAUACGGAUCUGAGGCCGAGUACAUAGACAGCAUCGAAAAGUAUUCCACCAACAUAUGCCAAGAACUCCUAGUCGUGUUGAAAUCGCUGGGCGACGCCAAGGAGACUCGGAAACAGCACGACCUGGCCCUGGAAGUGUUCUGGAGAGUUGUGCGACGAGGUGACCUGGACAAUAGCUCGAUGGCUAACCUGGCAGCAAAUUUGUGGAUGCUGUCGCAAAAAUUACAGGAUACGAAUCAAAGGCUUUCUAAAUCCAUGUUAAUGACCUUGAAGAAUGAUAACAGCAGAGCCACUCAACAGCUUCUUCAAAAACUACAGGAGAGCGCGUGAUCUGAUCGAAUAAAAUUUAUUUAUGAAACGUAUUUAGUUUAUUACCGGAUUACAUUAAGUUAGUGUAUUUCAAGCUU